GUCCAUACCUGGAGGAGGCCCCUGUCAUCCUGGACAAGCCAGACGUGGUGUACGCAGUGGAGGACCAGCCAGCCUCCGUCACCGUGACCCUGAACCACGUGGAGGCCACGGUCACCUGGAAGAGGGGCGGGUCGGUGCUCGAGGAGCGGGCUGGCGCGUGUGAGCUGAGCAUGGCUGACGACGACCAGCACUGUCUGCGGCUCUGCCAGGUGCACCGCGGGGACGCUGGGGAGCUCACCUGCGAGGUGAGCAACAGGCACGGCGCGGACAGCUGCUCCAUCAGCCUGCAGCUGGCAGAGGCGCCGCGCUUCGAGUCCAUCAUGGAGGACCUGGAGGUCGGGGAGGGUGAGACGCCGCGCUUCGCCGUGGUGGUGGAGGGCAAGCCGCUGCCCGACAUCAUGUGGUACAAGGACGAGGCGCUGCUGGCCGAGAGCAGCUGCCUGACCUUUGUCUACGACGACAGUGAGUGCUCCCUGGUGCUGCUGGGCGCCACGGCCCACGACAGCGGCGUCUACACCUGCACCGCCCGGAACCUGGCUGGGGAGGUUUCCUGCAAGGCCGAGCUGCUGGUGCGCGCAGCCCAGCCGGAGGCAGCAGCCGUGGUGGCAGAGGAGGGGCAUGCGGCCCGGCGGCUGACAGAUGACUACGAGGUGCACGAGGAGAUCGGGAGGGGGGCCUUCUCCUACGUGCGGAGGGUGAGGGAGAAGAGCAGCGGGCUGGACUAUGCUGCCAAGUUCAUCCCCUGCCGGGCCAAGGCCAAGCAGUCGGCGCGCCGGGAGCUGCAGAUCCUGUCCCAGCUGGACCACGAGCGCCUCGUCUACUUCCACGACUCCUUCGAGAAGAAAAACGCCGUGAUCAUCGUCAUGGAGCUCUGCACGGGGGAGGAGCUGCUGGACAGGAUGGCGAGGAAGCCCUCGGUGUGCGAGUGGGAGGUUCGCUCCUACAUGCGGCAGCUGCUGGAGGGGCUCAACUACCUGCAUCAUUGCAGCAUCCUGCACCUGGACGUCAAGCCGGAGAACCUGCUGAUGGGCAGCAGCGACCAGGUGCGGCUCUGCGACUUCGGCAACGCGCAGCGGCUGGCGCCGGAGGGGGCCCAGUACUGCAAGUACGGCACCCCCGAGUUCGUGGGCCCGGAGAUCGUCAGCCAGAGCCCCGUGUCCAUCGUCACCGACGUCUGGCCCGUGGGAGUCAUCGCCUACCUAUGCCUGACGGGGAUCUCCCCAUUUGUGGGCGAGAACGACAAGACCACGCUGCUGAACAUCCGCAACUACAACGUGGCCUUUGAGGAGAGCAUGUUCCUGGGGCUGACGCGGGAGGCGAAGGGCUUCCUCAUCAAAGUGCUGGUGAACGACCGGCUGAGACCCAACGCGGAACAGACGCUGGAGCACCCCUGGUUUAAGACCUUGGCCAAGGGGAAAUCCAUCAGCACCGACCACCUGAAGCUCUUCAUCUGCCGCAGGAAGUGGCAGCGGUCUCAGAUCAGCUACAAAGGCAGUCUGGUGCUGAGAGCCAUCCCGGAGCUGCUGGAGGACACGUCCAGCCACCUCUCCAUCGCCCUGCCCCGGCACCUCAAGGACUCGCCCGCCCUCUCCUCCUCCUCGGACUCGGAGGAGCUGGACGAGCUGCCCCUCCUCCCCAUGCCCCACCAGGUGGAGUUCUCCGGCUCCCGCGUCUCCCUCAACGAGAUCCCCACGGACGACGAAGCCCUGGGCCAGGCCGAGGGGGCGCUGGAGGAGGCGGCCCCCAUGGACUGGCAGGCGGAGGUGGCAGGCCCGGGGAAGAGGCAGAAGGGCGCUGGCCCGCGGAAGAGGCCCACGGUGGCGGAGGGGCCCGGCUCCUCGGACGAGGACUCCACCGAGGCUCAGCCGCGGCCCGAGUGCCCCCGGAAGGCCCUGAAGAAGGGCUCCAGCCUGGAGUCCCCGGAGGGGGGGCGCCCGGCCGGCCGGAGGGGCGAGCUGCGGCGGGGCAGCUCUGCGGACAGCGCCCUCCUGCUGGGCUUGCCGGCGGAGGCCGGGGCGGGCGAGGAGCCCCCCAAGGCGCUGAAGAAGGCGGCGUCCAUGGAGCUGCCGCGCCGGAGCCCCAGCCCGGGGGGUGCGCCCCGCAGGCAGGCCGAGGAGGAGCGCACCCAGCGCCUGGAGCUCGUGCGCCAGCGCCUGCUGCGGGACGGUCCCGUGGAGCCCAGGGUCAGCGGCCUGCGGGGGCCGCUCCUGGAGACCCUGGAGAAGAAGGUGCUGCGGCCCCCCCGGCCCAAAAAGCAGCCGCCCCCGGGGGCCAGGCUGGUGCGGGCAGCCUCCAGCGAGGCAGCCCCCCAGCACCCGCCCCCAGAGCCGCGCCCGCUGCAGAAGAGCAGCUCCUUCAGCCAGGGGGACCUGGAGCCGGUGACGGUGCACCGCCGCUCGGGCGCCCCGCUGGAGAUCCCCGUGACUCACCUGGAAGCCCAGCGGCUCAAGGAGUCCCCCUCGCUCUCCGCCCUGACGGAGUCCCGGCCCCAGACCCCGCGGGAAAGCUCCCCCAAGCCACCCGGCCCUGAGCUGCCCGAGGCCUCGCCCGAGCAGGGCCCAGGGCCGGGGGACACUGCCAGGCCCAGAGCCAGCUUGGCAGCUGUGGGCAAGAAGCCUCCAGCCGAGAGGCCUCAAGAAAAGCCUCUGCUGCGGCCCGCAGCUGCCAGAGCUGCCCAGGUCCCCCUGCAGGCAGCUCCCAAGCCCAGAGCAGCCCUGCCAGAGCCCCCUGCCCCGGACUCCAGAGCCCCCAAGCCCUCCUCCUAUGCACAGGUGAUACAGUCCAUCCAGCUUCCUGCCGCGCCCGGGGAGCCUGCCCGGGCUGAGCCCCCCGCUGCCCGCCCAGAGCCGCGCCCUGCACCCCCCCCAGCCCCUGCUGCAGGCGGUGCCAAGGCGGAAGUGCCCGCGGAGGAGGCGGCACCGCUGCGUUCCAGCAGCACUCUGGCCAUCAAGGACAUCGACUCGGAGGAAGUCUUCGAGGCCAAGUUCAAGCGGGGCCGGGAGUCUUCGCUCAGCCGCGGCCUGAAGCUGCUCACCAGGCCCCACUCGGCGGACCGGCACCUGGCCAGCCCGCUGGUGCGGGAGGAGGGGAUGUACCGGCCCGGCCCGGCCGGGGCACCGCUGGAGCUCGCCAAGGGCCCGGCCCAGCGGGCCCAGUCAGUGCAGGACCUGCGUGAGCCGGAGGAGGCCAGCUUCAUCCGCAGGAUGUCCCAGCGCCUCUGGCGCACGCCCCCCACGGAGAGGAAGCAGCCCAAGGAGGAGGAGUCGGGCCGCGAGCCCCCGAGCCGGGGCCGCCGUCUCUCCUGGAGCCUGGGUCUGGGCAGCUCCAAGGACAAGCGGGACUCGGCCAGCCUGGAAUCGGAGCCAGGCAGGAGUGAGGGCGGGUCGGAGUCGCCCGUGGUGGCCAUGAGGCGGAAGAUCAGCUCCACCAUGGAGCGCCUCUCCCAGCGGCUGCGCAGCCCCUCGGACGACAGGGGGGAGGCAGAGGGGCCCGGGAAGCGGAGCCCGCUGCUCGCCCUGCUGCGGAGAUCCAACUCGGAGGGGGAGAACCUGCGCAAGAUGGGGAUUCCGCAGAACCAGCUGGCGGCACAGUCAGCCCUGGCGCCCUCCGCCGAGUCCUUCCAGUCAGAGAGCAGCACCCGCUCGGAGGCGGGUGCCCAAGCUCCCAGCGAGGGCCAGAGACGCUCCCGGUGGGACCGCUGGGGCCUGUCCCGCGCCAAGAGGGACAAGGUGGCCUCGCAGCCCAACAUCCCGGCCAGCCUGCUGCAAGAGGAUGGCACCAUCGUGGGCAGGCAGUACGUGCGCAACGCAUCGGACUUCCCCCCCGUUUUCCACAUCAAGCUGAAGGACCAGGUGCUGCUGGAGGGCGACCCGGCAACCCUGUUCUGCCUGCCAGCUGCCUGCCCGUCCCCCAAAAUCCUCUGGAUGAAGGACAAGCGGUCGCUGGUGUCCGACGCCGCGGUGAACAUCGUCUCGUGUAAGGACGGCCGCCAGCUGCUCUCCAUCCCCAGGACGUGCAAGAAGGAUGCAGGCCUGUACGAGUGCACCGCUGCCAACGCCCUGGGCACCGCCACCAGCUCGUGCACUCUGGCCGUGGCACGCCUGCCAGGGAAGCCGGGCACCCCGGAGAUACCUCAGAAGUACAAGAACACGGUGCUGGUGCUGUGGAAGCCUGCAGACAGCCGGGCCCCUUGCACCUACAUCCUGGAGUGCAAAAUGAACGGGGAACGCGAGUGGAAAACCAUCAGCUCGGGCAUCGCCGACUGCUACUUCAACGUGACGGAGCUGCCCGCCAGGAGCACGGCCAGGUUCCGUGUGGCCUGCAUCAAUAAGGCCGGCCAGGGGCCCUACAGCAACCCCUCAGAGACGGUGGCCAUCGAGACAGAUGAUCCCGGCGCUGCCCACUCGGCUCCUGCUGCCCGGAAGGACGUGGCUGCCCCCGAGACAGCAGCUUCCAGCCGCUCCACCCAGACCCCUCCUGCCCAGCCUGCGCCCCAAACCGCCGGGGCCCCUCCCCCCACCCCGCCCCGCAAGCACAAAGGGGUCGUGCACAUGCCCGGCCGGGCACCACAGGCCCCUGUUCCCGGGGGUGCCUCUGCCGCCAUCCAGCCGCCUCCCCGCGCCGAGGCAGAGCCUGCCCCCCAAGAGCAGCUCUGCCCCCCUGCCGUCCCUCCAGCAAUUGCUGGGUCUGGCUCCCCAGAGCUGGUGUUAACGCCGUCCAGGGCUGCCCCUCCGCGCCCCCCCGCUGCACACACAACCAGCCAGGCGGUGCAGGGCUCGCCCGCCCCUCCAGCCCAGCCCCCUGCCCGACUCUCCCCCAUUUCUCCAGCAUCGGCCACGCCUGUGUCCCCCUCCCCCAAAGCAGCGCCCAUGUACAUGGUCACCUCCUUUGUCUCCAUGCCGGCUGCGACGCCCCCCACGGACGCCCCGUCCCCGCUCCCCAAAGAGGUGGAGCCAUCGGCCACGCGGUUCCUGGGCCGGAGCGCCGCCCCGAGCAGGCUUAGCCCCACAGGGCCGGGGGCUCCAGAGGCAAAGGAGGGCACAGCGCUGCGCCAGGGGGUCCCCCAGAAACCUUACACCUUCCUGGAGGAGAAAGCGAGGGGCCGGUUCGGGGUGCUCCGGGAGUGCAAGGAGAACGCCACGGGGAAGCACUUCAUGGCCAAGAUCAUUCCCUACGAGGCGGAGAAGAAGCAGAGCGUCCUGCAGGAAUACGAGAUCCUCAAGGGCCUGCACCACGAACGCGUCAUGGGCCUGCACGAGGCCUACAUCACCCCCCGCUACCUGGUGCUGAUCGCCGAGCACUGCGCCGGCAAGGAGAUCCUCUACAGCCUCGUCGACAGGAGCCGGCCCACCAUCAAGGACUGUUUUGCCAAUCCCUGGCUGCAGGACGCCUACCUGAUGAAGCUGCGGCGCCAGACCCUGACCUUCACCACCAACCGGCUCAAGGAGUUCCUGGUGGAGCACCAGCGCCGGCGCGGCGAGGCCGUCACCAAGCACAAGGUCUUACUCCGCUCCUACCACGGCUCCGGCAGCCAGCCGCCCCCCGCGCCGGUCACGCAGUAGCCCCGCCACCUCCUGCGGCGACGGAGGAGUCGAAGGAACAUUCCAGGGGCCGGACCCGCGGCGGCAGGUUCCCGGAGGCGGGAACGGGGGUCGAGCAAACCGCCAGGACGUGCGUUGGCGUCCGCCCCGCGAGCCUGGCCGCUCGGGACCGCAGAGGAGCGUUCACCCGGGCACUGCGGGCCCCUCCGCCCAGCAGAGUCGGCACCGCUGGGGGCUCACUGCUCCCGCUCCUCCUGCGGGGGGCCUGCUGCAAGGGGCGGGACUUCCUGUUUUGCUGUGCCUGAGGACAGGAAAUGCUACGCAAACAGCUGGACUUCCAAGACUAGGGGCUGGCGGGCUGCGGGGGGAGGGGAGCGUCUGGGGGGCAGGGGAGACGGGAGCCCAGCAGCAACCUCUGCGGCGUGUGAAACUGUGAAGGGGGGAGAUGGAGGGACGGGGGGCAGGAAACAGGAGCCGUGAUGAUGGGAAGCCACCAGCAUCACCUGCCCUUUGAGAUGUUUCCCCCGGGUUUGGGGGAUCCCGGCCCGGCCCACAGGGUUCCAUCGCCGGCAGCCGGCUCGGCACGCCUUCUCCCUCCAGCGCCACGCUGCCCACGUGCCCUAUGACCGGAGCUGGGAGGAGCAGAACCGCGUCCUCGGGGGCCCUGGCAGCACCCGGCCAUGCCGGACGUGGGUAAAACCCCCGUCGUUAGUGUCACCGUGGUGCUCACGGCCUCCUGCACCUCUCGGGGGCGCUGUUGCCCCGGUUUGGCUGCCAGCCCCGGCCCCACUCGCGGUCCUUGCCCCCCGCUGGGCUCCCUCCCUGCCCCACACGCCCCCAGGCUGCCAGGCCAUUUGCUGAAUAUAGCUGAGCUGGUUGUGUGACCCCCCCAGCCUCCAGCGCCCCCUGCCCCGCCCCCAGCUCGGCCCCAGAGAGUGGCCACAACCCACCUGCAUGGGGCAGGGGGGCCGUAGGGUGUCCUCCAGCCCGGGGAGGCCUCACUGCGGGGGGGGUGUGUGUGUGUGGCCAUUUUGACUGAGGGCAGCCCAGGCUUCAGUUCCAUGGGAAGUCAGGGAAGAUGGUGGCCAUUAUGGAUGAGGGCAAACUGAGCAGCCCCCCCACCCCCUUCCUGCCCACCUGGGGAGCUGCUAGGAGUCACCUGCUGUCUGCGGCCACAGUCUGACACGCAGAGCCCAUGUGCCCCUAUGCACACACAGCGACCCGCCAGUACACACGCACAGCAACACGCCUGUACGUACACACGCCUAUACACAUGCACAGCGGCAUACCUGUACGUACACACACAGUGACAUGCCUGUACACACACAGAGCAACACACCUGUACGUACACACAUGCCUGUAUACACGCACAGCGACACACCUGUACGGACACACACACAGCGACAUGCCUGUACACAUGCACAGCGACACACCUGUACACAUGUACAGUGACUCCCCUAUACACACACAGCGACACGCCUAUAUGCCCCAAAAACACACAGUGACAUACCUCUACAUACACACACAUGCCUGUGCACACGUAGAAUGACUCCCCUAUGCAUGCACAAUGACGCCUGUACACACAUAGUGACACCUGUACACACACAGCAACACACCUCUACAUACACACAUACGCCUGUACACAUGUACACACACACACCUGUACACAUGCACAGCAACAUGCCUGUUCACAUGUACAGUGACUCCCCUAUGAAUGCAUAGCGAUGCCUGUACACAUGUACAGUGACACACCUCUACAUCACACACAUGCCUGUACACACGCACAGUGACAUGCCUGUACAUCCCACGCACACACAGCGACGCCUGUACUCACGUACACACACACAGCGACACACCUGUACACACACACAGCAAUGCUCUAUGCACGCACAGUUACACACCUAUAUACACACGACACUCCCAUACACUCCCAUGCACGCGCACACCCACACAGAGCGUGGCGGCACAGACCGACACUCCCCCAUACACCUCCCUGCAAUGCCCAGCGCCAGGCAGUUCCCAGGUCUCUGCGCCAGCCACCCCCUCGCUCUGCGCGGGGCCCAUGUCCCCCUCCUCCGCCCUGGGGGUUCGGCUGGACCCUGGCACUGCGGCCCCCAGAGAUACCACAUGGGGUGGCAGCAUCAGUCACAAUCCCCCCCGCCCCUCCCUCCCGCAGACAUCCAACCCGCCCCGUCCAGCGACGUGUGCCCCCAGCCCCACUCAGAGCCAUGUACGCACAUCUCCGCUCACAGGCCGGGGUCCAUCCACCAGCACAGAGCCGGGCUGGGGGCGCUCGCUCUGUGUGCCCCACUGUCCAGUCCCCGGGGGGAGGGCUUGCUUUGGGGGCUGGGUUCACCCCUGGGGGGGUCCUGCCAGGCUGGAGGAUGGGGAUGAAUGGCCCCGAUUCCCUGGGCACUAUGGGGCCGGAUGGGCCCCAUGGCAGAGCUCACCUGGGAGCCGUGCCCUGGGGAUCUCAACCCAGCGCCCUGCUCGGAGCCACCCAGCGCUCCCACCCCCUCCCCGCUGCCCUGCUCCUCUGCCCCUCCCAGGCUCGGGGCCUUGCCCCAGGGGUAUGGGGGGGCAGUUGCUGCAGAUGAACUGGCCAAGGCCUCAGCUGCCCUGGGGCUUUCGCUGGCCCCGAGGUGCCCUGCAGGGGUUAAGCCGUGUGAACUGGGGGGAGGCUCUUGGCUUCUCCCCUGCCCCCUCCAUGGGCCUGUCCUCUCCCCACUGCCGGGCAGGCUCCGCUGCCUCCAGCCCGGCCCAGGUGCGUCUCCCCCCGGGGGCACUGCUGGCUGGGGGGCAGGAACAGCCUGGCUGCCCUUGCACCUUGGCUGGGCAGUGAGACUGGCCUUGAGCCAGCAGGGCUAUGCCCAGUGCCCAGGGCUGGGGGCCGGGGGCCGGGGAAGGGAGCCCACCCCAGCUGCUGCACAGAUGCUGCUGUAGCGACAGGGCGUAUUUAUUGUCUUGCUGACAAGGUUUCUUCCUCCCUUGUGUCUCUGCUCCCCCCCCCCCCCCGUUUGUCCCUCCCCCAUCCGUCGUCCCCCUGCCCCUCCUGCUGCGCUCUGAGUUUGGGGCUGGACUUGCUCGGGUGUGGACGAGCCAUGUGCCUGAGAAGCAAUAAAGGCCCUGAGCAGCCCG